GUACAUAUAUAUAAGGCCGUUGCGGUGCUAGAGAGCAUCACAAAUACAACAGUCGCAGACAAGCAGACAUCUUUGGAUCUUGUAGACAAGUCUUUCCUUUAGCUUCCUAUCUUAAAUAAUUUCAAAUAAGAUGUAUUUCGUUCAGGUCACAUUAGCAAUUGUGCUUGUAACUGGAUACGCCAGUGCCGUUGGGUAUGGCCCAGGAUCCGGAAGUGGAUCAGCCGGAUCUUAUGGUGGAAGUGCUGGAACAUCUGCUGGAGGUUACGGUGCUGGUGCAGGUUCCGGAGGAGCUGGAGGCUACAGUGUAGGUGCAUCCGCUGGAGGAUAUAGUGGAAGCUCUGGAAGUUCAAGCGGUUUUGGAGGUUCUUCUGUCUCAUACGGUGGUGGAGCAUCUUCUUUUGGCGGAGCUGCUGCAGGCAUUCAAAACGUACCUCAACCAUACAACUUCGAUUAUCAAGCACAAGAUGAGCAAGGCAAUACCCAUUACCGCAAUGAACAAGGUGACCAGAACGGCAAUGUUCAAGGAUCUUAUGGAUAUACUGAUGUACAAGGUUUAUAUCGAGUUGUCGAAUAUGUUGCCGACGCUAAUGGAUUCCGUGCUAACAUUCGAACCAACGAGCCAGGAACCGACAGUAGGGAAAGUCCCGCUGAUGUGGUUCUCGUUGCUGAACCUGCACCUGCAGGAAUCCAAGAAAGAUACACCAGCUUUGGAGGCCGCGGACAGGCUGCAGCUAAACCAUCCGGUGUUGGAGGAUAUUCUGGAGGACAAGCGGGUAGUGGUGUUGCCGCUGGAGGCUACUCUGCUGGAAGCGCUGGUUCAUCCUCUGGUUUUCCAACUGGCCAACGCCUUGGUGGAGGAGCAAGACCUUCAGGCAAAAGUGGAUAUUAGGGAAAGAGCUUAUCUGUUGAAAUAGCUUCAAUGUUAUGUAACUGAAAGGAUAUUUUGCUACGGCCGAUCUUGUGAAAAUGGUUGUUAAGGGCAUUAAACACGAAAAUAUAAAGAGGCGAAAAUUUUGAAAGCACUGCUAUUCCGGAUAAAAAGGAGAAAGUCUAAAAAGGUUUACACGAAAAUUUAAAGUUUCAUUCAUAGAAAUAAAUAAAUAAACAAAUAAGUAAUAUUAGAAAGAACAGCAGUGCUUUAUCCUUUAAUAAGCAGCUUUAUUUUGCAAUGCAGCUUUAUGAAGGUUGGAGAUGCAGCUAGGAUUUUCAAAAGAUUAUGUUUGGAAAUUCCUUAAAAGGUUUGGAUAAGGUGCUAUAUAUGUUUCAGGCAUGUUUCUAUUUAUUUAUGUAUUUUUAAGCAUAAACGGGUAAUGAGUGAAGCUUACGACAUCAUAAGACUAGAUCGAGACUUAGGCACAGCAGUAAUACGACAGAGAAUGCACUGCUUUUUGGCAAUGCAUUUAUGUCAUUUUUUCCAGAAGGUCUUUGUGAUGACCUUUUCUACUCUUACACAUGUGGUCUGUUCAUGAAACAACUUGGUCUAACAAGCGUCACAGUGCCAAUAAAUUUAAAAAAAAAAAAAAAAAAGCUUUGGAGAACCAAGUCUAUCAUGACAAUUAUUUUUCUUGGUCUUUAAGGAUUCGUGUACUAUAUGCUAAUGUUUAAUUGUUACGCUAUGUGUCUUAUAAGUUUUGUUUUAUUGAGCAUCUGUGUACAGUGGUUUUGUCUUAAUAAAAUAGUUUUAUGAUUUA